CAUACAAACGGGGUAAUAGUUUGUCGAUGGGUUCGUAUAACAUCAAGCAUUAAAAAUUAUAAAUUGAAUGUCACAUUUUAUACUACAUAAGCAGUGAAAUUAUCCUUUCUUAUUGAAAAUGAAUUCAUUGGAAGAUACUGAUGUAACGCUAACGGCAGAGACACUCCAUGUUCUCAAUGAAUUCCUUCAUGAAAAGGCCGAACGAGAGCGGGAAGAACAAAAUCGUGUUUUAGGUAUAUCAGGAAAUACCUCAAUGUUUGAAGAAGACUGGCAACUAAGUCAGUUUUGGUAUAGCGAGGAGACAAAACAUUCUGUAGGAAAGGUAGUUCAAAAGCUUUCAAGCCCUGGAAGUCAGAUAGCACUUCUCUCGUGUCCGUCACUCUAUAGUACAAUUAAAGAUAUACAUGCCGAUGUAAAAAUAUUUGAGUUUGACAGAAGAUUUUCAACUUUCGGAGAUGACUUCAUUUUCUAUGACUUUAAUGAUGCCUUCCAGGAGCCCAACCACAUCGACGAACACGCAAGCCUCUAUGACUUAAUAAUAGCGGAUCCACCGUUCCUAUCAGAAGAUUGUAUUAUCAAAACAGCUCACAUUAUAAAAAAGCUAAAGAAACCAGAAGGAAAGAUAAUUUUCUGCUCGGGAAAAGUGGUUGAGCCUUGGGUAACAAAGUUUUUGGAUCUGAAACUUUGUAAUUUUUGUCCAGCGCACAAUAGGAACCUCGGAAAUGAAUUCGUUUCGUUCGCAAAUUUUAAUUUAGAUGAACUCUUAUAAAAACAACUAGUUAUGUAAUGCUUAAA